AAUAGCUGGUAUUGAUGUGACUUGCUUGGAUGCCAACCAUUGUCCAGGUUCCAUAAUCAUACUCUUUCAACCUCCAAAUGGUGGUGCUUCACACUGGUGAUUUCCGCUUUAGUGAAGAAAUAGCAAUCAAUCCUUUACUGCAGAUGUGUCCUAUCCAUACUCUUAUUCUUGAUACAACAUACUGCAACCCACAGUAUGACUUUCCAAAACAAGAGGCUGUAAUACAAUUUGUCAUAGAUGCCAUUCAAGCAGAAGCUUUUAAUCCCCGGACUCUCUUUCUGAUUGGCAGCUAUACAAUUGGAAAAGAAAGGCUAGUCCUUGAGGUUGCUCGUUCGCUUCGUAAGAAGGUUUACGUGACUGCGGCAAAGUUGCGUCUUUUAAAAUGUCUGGAAUUUAAGGAGGAGGAUAUGCAGUGGUUUACUUCAAAUGAACACGAAAGCAACAUUCAUGUUGCUCCGAUGUGGACUCUUGCAAGCUUUAAAAGAUUGAAACACUUAUCAAGUCAAUAUACGGGGCGGUACAGUCUUAUAGUUGCUUUCUCUCCCACUGGUUGGAAGUUUGGCAAAGGUAAAAAGAAGUCUCCUGGAAGAAGAUGGCAGCAGGGUACUAUUAUAAGAUAUGAAGUGCCUUACAGUGAGCAUUGCAGCUUUAUAGAACUCAAAGAGUUUGUAAAACUUGUAUCUCCUGAUAACAUUAUACCAAGUGUAAAUAAUAAUGGACCAGAAUCUUCUGAUACAAUGAUUGCUCUCUUGUCAUAUUGA